AUGUUACAACUCACCCCCACUAACUGCGCGCAACGUCCUCGUUGCGCACCUGGAUCGUCACCCCCUGACGGUGUGAGUCAAGGCCACUUCAACUUGACUCCACACUCUCGUCUGGGUUUGGCUCUGAUACCAAAUUAUAACGCCCCGACCGCCCCUCCGGUGAGUCACCCACGCCCUCUCUCUGGGCCCGCAGGCCCAUCUCGGCCCGUGGGCCUCACCCCUGUCCGACGGCCGGUCCGUUAUUUUCGAGAGGCUCUAAUGACUUGUUUACUAUCCCUGCAAUCAACACCUGACCUUUCCCCGUGUUUUGGCCUCACUCACACGGUUUCGGAAACCACUUCCCGAAAGGUCACCCAUCCUUCAACUACUCCAGCACAAGCACGCUUAACUGGAGUUACUUAUAGACCUUUGACCGAAAAGGUGGAUAUGGAUAAGUCAUGGAUAACAAAAUCUCGUUUGACCAUUGAUUAUAUUAUCCAUGAUAACAAGGGGUUUUUAGAUUUUGCCUUUGGGAAGAUCAAGGCAGACAUGUUGAAAUGUCCAUGUCAACGUUGUUCCCUUGCCAAAUACAAGUCCAGAGUUGAGAUUGAAGGAGAUUUGAUGUGUCAUGGUUUUCUCUGCACGUAUACAAACUGGUAUCUACACGGUGAAGACUUAGAGGACACUCCACAAGCUUUUAGUUUAGAUCAUCAACCAAAGGUCGAUCAUAUAGAUAGCUCUACCUUCAAUCUACUCGCUGAUAUUUUCCUAAGUAUGAAGUCAGACUCUCCAACCAUAGAUUCUGACCCUCCGAACUUAGAUUCAGACACUCCAAAUAUCAAGAUGGAACCUGAUGAAUCUGCUGACAUGCAUGAGGAUCCUUUGAAGGAAAAAAAGGCAUUGGAUGAGUUGCUAUCAGAUUGUAGUCAGGCUCUUUACGAAGGUUGCCAGUCAUUCAGCAAGCUAACGUUUAUGCUCAAGCUGUACCACAUCAAGUGUCUCUCUAGGAUAAGUGAUAAGGGUAUGUCUAUGAUAAUCGAUCUUCUGAGAGAAGCUUUUGAGCAUGCAAGAUUUCCAGAUUCAUUCAAUGAUAUGAAGAAGACAAUACGCAAGUUAGGUUUGACAUAUCAGACAAUUCAUGCUUGCCCUAACGAUUGCAUGUUGUAUUGGGGAGAAGACGCAUCUAGAGAGAAAUGCAAAGUCUGUGAAGAUUCAAGGUGGAAAGCGUCAGAAAUAAAAGAAGAUGAUACACUGGAAAAAAAGAAGAAGAAGAAAAAGAAGCAACAAGCUGCUAAGAUCCUUAGGUAUUUUCCUCUUAAGCCACGCUUGCAGCGUUUGUAUAUGUCAUCAAAAACGGCGCAACAUAUGAGAUGGCAUGCUGAAUCUGAGAAUAAAGAUGGUAAACUGAGACAUCCUAGAGAUGGAAUGGCUUGGAAGAAUUUUAACCAACAGUUUCCUGAAUUUGCAGUAGAACCAAGGAAUGUUUGGUUAGGAUUAGCAACUGAUGGUUUCAACCCGUUUGGUACAAUGAGUACAAAUUAUAGUGUUUGGCCUGUUUUUUUGUUUCCAUACAACUUCCCUCUAUGGAUGGCAAUGAAACAGACUUCAACGAUCCUUUCUAUGGUCAUUCCUGGAAACAAAAUGCCAGGUAAUGAUAUUGAUGUGUAUCUUCAGCCUCUUAUUCAAGAACUAAAAGAUUUGUGGUAUGAAGACGUGUCUACUUUCAAUGCUUCACAAAAGGAGACAUUUUGUAUGAAGGCAGCUUUGUUAUGGACAAUUAGUGAUUUCCCCGGACUUGGGAAUCUAUCUGGUUGGAAUGUGCAUACAUGUUUAGCAUGUCCGUCUUGUAGUUUCGAUGCCACUCAAAAGCGUCUUAACUAUGGAAAAAAGUAUUGCUUCAUGGGACAUCGUCGUUUUCUUCCUCAAGACCAUAAGUUUAGAAAGGAUAAGCAACAUUUCAAUGGUUUUAUAGAAUCAAGGCCUCCUCCAAUCAGACCAUCAAGCUUUGCUAUUUCUCAGCAAAUUGAAAAUGUAGAUGUUACUUUGGGAAAAAAGAGAGAUCUUCUCUUGAGGCAUAACCUUGAUGUUAUGCAUAUAGAGAAGAAUGUAUUCGAUAAUCUAGUGUUUACUUUACUGGAUGACAAAGGUAAAUCCAAAGAUAAUCUUAAUGCAAGAAAGGAUCUUCAAGCACUUGGGAUACGCUCUGAACUAUGGCCUGAUGCUAAUGGUAGAUUUCUUCCAGCGUGUUUCACAAUGACCAACUGUGAAAAGGAUAGUUUUCUUAACAUUUUGAAGAAUGUGAAGCUACCAGAUGGAUAUUCUUCGAAUAUUUCUGCUUGUGUUGAUCUGAAUCAACGGAAAAUGGUGGGUUUGAAGAGUCAUGAUUGCCACAUAUUGAUGGGUCAGUUGUUAUCUAUCGCUAUACGUAAUGUGUUGCCUCAAGAGGUAGCAUUUGUUGUUAUGGAGUUGUGUCAUUUCUUUAGGGAAAUAUGCUCGAGGGUAAUUGAUAUCAGUUAUAUGGAAAAGUUGCAGGAACAUAUUGCUCUCACCUUAUGUCAUCUAGAGAUGGUAUUCCCACCUUCUUUUUUCACAGUAAUGGUGCACUUGACUAUUCACUUGACUGAAGAAGUCAAAUUAGGAGGACCAGUUCAAUAUAGAUGGAUGUAUCCAGUCGAGAGGAUCCUUGGACAUUUGAAAACUUACGUUAGAAAUCGAGCAAGGCCUGAAGGUUCCAUAUGUGAGCAGUUUAUUGCAGAAGAAUGUUUUGACUUUCAGCUCCAUAUUCCAUUGAUUUUUCCUUCGGUUGGAAGAUUUGUUGGUGCUUCUAAAUUGGAUACUCUUGGAUACUUAGAGUGGCAGCAAGUUCAUCGCUAUGUCUUAUUUCAUUGUCCUAUCUUGGAUGAAUAUCGCGAGAUAUUUAAGAAUGAGUUAAGAAGAUCUCAAUCAAGACGUCGAAAGAGAGGUGGUGUUAUAGAUAUUGAUCGACAUGUGCAUCUCUAUUUUGGUAAAUGGCUGAAAGAAAGGGUUCAGAAAAAUGAUAUCAAUGGUUUAUCUAGUGAUAUUCAUUGUCUCGCACAAGGUCCUUCUGAUAAAGUGUUAAAGUUUUCUGCGUUUAAUGUUAAUAGAUUCAAAUUCAGAACUGUGGAAAGAGAUCAAGACUUAAGAAUUCAGAAUAGUGGAGUGUUUGUCUCGGCUGAAACCAUUAGUUAUGCAAGUUCAAGUGAUCUUAACCCAAGAGCCGGAGAUGUUUCUUAUUAUGGGAAACUAGUUGAUAUAGUUGAAUUGAACUAUUAUGACUCUUUUAGAGUUGUAUUAUUCAAAUGCAAAUGGGCUAACACUUGUGAUUCUAGAGGAUACAGAAAGGAUGAAUUUGGUUAUGAUGUUGUGAAUUUUUCUCGGCCAAUACACACUGGGGUCAAUGAAGAAGAUGAACCAUAUAUACUGGCUUCUCAAGCAAAAUUAGUAUAUUAUGUGGACGAUCCACAAGAAAAAGAAUGGAGUGUUGUAGUACGGGUGCAGCCAAGAGAUUUAUAUGAUAUGGGUGAUCUUGAUGCUUCAAGUGAUAUUGAAGAUUCUCCUACUACUCGAAGUUCGAUGUUGAUUUCUGAUAAUAUUCCUAAUAUUACACUAGUGAGACAACUUAAGAAUCUUGAUGAUCCGAGUGAUUUAGAUGCUAUUACUAGUUUAAGCCUGUCGAGAACAAGUUAUGAACAAACACAGAAUGAAAAUAUAUCUGUUCCACCUCUUCUUGGACAAGAAUUAGCAUCUGGUAAAUGGAAAGUUCAUGUUAGAGAUGAUGAUGGAAAGAUUACAGAAGAGAAUAUUUCUGGAAAUGAUUGGAGGAAAGUUCCUGCAUAUAGGAAGGAUAUGGCACGGAAUGUGAUUCAGAAAAAGUUCUGGUUCGACAACCCUAUUAAAAGGAGAAAAUAUGUGAUAUCUACUUUGGGAGCCAGAUGUAGGGAUUUAAAGCGAUGUCUCUGGAAGAAGUAUAGAGGAAAUACUCUAAAAGAAUCACUUGAACAACGUCCGACAUUGAAUCCAGAAGACCAGUGGAGAGAUUUUGUUCAUGCUCAAUUUACAGAUAAAGCCAAGGAAGAACAAAGUGGUGUUGAACCAAGUCGAGCUGAAAUGUUUAUUGCAUCACGCAUGAGAUCUGAUGGAAGUAUGAUUUCGGAGGAAGCAAAGUGCUGUGCGGAGAAACUUAAAGAAGUGAUAGAUCAGAAACUUCCGGGACAAACAUCAAGUGAUGAAGCUAUUUCUAAAGUUUUUGGUCAUGAGCAUUCAGGACGAGUUCGAUUCAUAGGUCAUGGCCCAACGCCGUCUAACUACUCAUCAAGUUUGGAUUGUGCAUCAUCUAUGGAGUUGGUUGAGCUUAAGUCAUUAGUGAAGAGUUUCGUUGGUAAAGUUGAUAUUAUUGCUAGUGCUCUUCAAGUUUUGAUUGAAUCCAGAUGCCAAUUCUAA